AAUCAUCUAAAUUGAGAGACUUGCUUAUAAAUAUAUAGAAAGAAUGAAUCAAGGUAGAAGAAGUAGCUACACCAGCUUAAUAUUCAUAUCAGUGCUCCUCCUCUGAUACUUCGGACAAGGAUUCGGAGACGAUCGCGUGCCUAGAUGAGGAUUCCGUGGUGGUUGUGUUAGAGACGGAAGUCAGCAAGGCCAGCCUUGCCCUGAUCCCUCGAACACUGAGGUUCCUCAUAGAGAGAUUUCAAGUCCAAAAAUGCUAACUACUUCUGCACAAUAUAUAAAACAGAUCUGUCCUUAUCUAGUAGGACAGGAGACUUGCUGUGAUGACGAUCAGGUAUUGUUAAUGUACAACAAUUUCAAGACUAUUGACUCCUUGUUUGGAGACUGUUCCCUCUGCUCGACGAACAUCAAAAGAUUCUGGUGAGAGUACACAUGUAGUGUGUAUCAGGACUAUUUUGUUGACUCUUUCGAGCAGGAAAGAGUUGAAGAAGUAGACUUCCCCGUUCUUAUCCAGAAAGUUCGGGUAGAGAGCAGCGUUGUCUGAGACCUAUACAAUUCCUGUAAGAAGAAUCCCUUCGUUACAUCACUGGCUAGUGGGCAAUCAGCAGUCGGAUUCUUAGAAUUCAUGGGCUCAAAUGCUGUUCAGACUGGAAAAGUUAAAAUUAGUUUUGAUUUUACUAAUGAUCCUGAAGACACCUUGUUUAUGGACAUGUAUCCAUGAGAUCUUGAUGUGGACGGAAUCCUAGAUGGGUAUAAGGUCAAACAGUGCACUUGUAACUACUGAGAAGCAGCCUGUACACCUGUGAAGGGAAGUGCUUUUCCCGGAUUUUUCGAUGGCUUUAGCAUAAUAAUCAUCGUAAUAGUCUAUGUUUCGCUUGUUAUAUUAUCAAUCAUAAUCUUUUUUGUUAAGAAAAAGUGGUUGUCCAGCGAUGAUGAAGAGGAAACCUUCAGUGAGGACGGUAAUGACUCUCAAAGAGACAACCUACUUAACGGUAGCAAAGACUCUAAUACUUUCUUGUUUGGGUCGGAUCAGAAUAAUACUAUAUCCCAUGGAGCCUCAAUUGGGAAAAUCAAUAAAUCCUCUAUUGACAAAAGUGUUGAUAGGAGCGUAAAUGUUGGCAAUUAGUACGUCAAUUUAAUGUAAAAUCAAGAUAAUUUCAAUUA